UGACCUGUUGAGAACACUCACGUUCAACAUCUUAUUUCGGCGAAUCAUAAAAGCUGAAAAAAGUUGCACUAGUUAUUCGUUGGCAGAGAUUUAAACUAUUUUGAUUGCCAAUCCAAAUGUAAUGAGUGAUCGUUGCUACAUAGCAACAUGAGCACGUGUGAGAGGAUCGCUAGUAACACGGACGCACACACACACUAUAGCAACAGACAACCUGUGUGCAGAAAGGGAGAGGGUGUGCCCUUGACGUCGUUUCUCGUCAAAGACUCACAUUUCGGAGAGAACCAUAUCCAGGUUUGCUUACUUGCUAUUCACCACGGCAUGGCAUGACCUUAACAAAAAGGGCACAGAGCUCAAGGUUACAAAUCAAUAACUGGAAUGGUUUCGUUUGACUUCAUCUGUCCAAGUGUUGAGCGGAGAAGAGAGUAAAGACACCCCCAAGGCACACAUCACCAGCGCUGCCUGUGCUUGGAGCUACUGGCUGACAGAUCCUUCGCACAAGGAGGAACUAGAGGGAGUCUUACAAGCGAUAAGAUCCUCUCUUCCAAACCACCAACAACGAUGAGAUUGGUAAAGCACUUUCACCAAGCGUAAUGAGAGCUCCAGGCUGAAUUUGGAGUGGCUGCUCUCAGCUGAAUCCAAAAGGGCUUUCGUGAGAUUUUCUAACCCAACUGGGUGUGUACAGCACCGUGCCCGUUGUUACUCUGGACUGCACUCGAUAUACCUUAUUUACCAAGUCAUGUCUUAUACAGAGCGAUGGGUAAGUUCGACGACAACGAGAGGAUAAUCCUCAACGUUGGGGGAACCAGGCACGAGACGUACAAGAACACGCUGAGGACACUGCCGGGGACUCGGCUGGCCCUUCUUGCCUCCGAUUCUGACAUCGAGUCCGUUUUGGAUCAGCUGCAACAAGUCCCCGGCUUCAUAGAGUACAACACGCGGAACAACGAAUACUUUUUUGACCGCCACCCAGGGGUAUUCGCUUAUGUCCUUAACUACUAUCGAACCGGGAAACUCCAUUGCCCAGCAGAUGUUUGUGGUCCGCUGUUCGAGGAAGAGCUGUCCUUCUGGGGAAUCGAUGAGACGGACGUGGAGCCUUGCUGCUGGAUGACCUAUCGCCAACACAGGGACGCCGAGGAGGCGCUCGAUGUGUUCGAUAUAAACGUUGACAAUGGAGACGACGACGAAGAGACGGGGAAAAGACUCGGCAUUGAGGACGUGGUUGAUCCUAAUAUCAGCCGCUGGAAAAAGUGGCGACCUGUGAUUUGGAAUCUAUUUGAGGAUCCCUAUUCUUCCAGAGCUGCAAGGUUUGUGGCCUUUGCCUCCUUGUUCUUCAUCCUGGUCUCGAUCACCACCUUCUGCCUGGAGACCCAUGAGGCAUUCAACACCAUCACCAUCAUCAACAAGUCUGAGGCGGUGCUCAACGGCAGCCUGCCGGACCUGGGUCCUGAUUACAUUAUCGAGACGGACCCGGCACUCACCUACGUGGAGGGUGUCUGCGUUCUUUGGUUCACCCUGGAGUUCAUGGUGCGUGUCAUCUUCAGCCCAGACAAGCUGGAGUUUGUUAAGAGCCUGCUCAACAUCAUCGACUUUGUGGCUAUCCUGCCUUUCUACCUGGAGGUAGGCUUGAGCGGGCUGUCGUCUAAAGCAGCUAAGGACGUCUUGGGUUUCCUCAGAGUGGUAAGGUUUGUCAGGAUCCUGCGUAUCUUCAAGCUGACGCGACACUUUGUGGGGCUGCGGGUGCUGGGUCACACCUUGAAGGCUAGCACCAAUGAGUUCCUCCUCCUCAUCAUCUUCCUCGCCCUAGGUGUGCUUAUCUUCGCCACCGCAAUCUACUACGCCGAGCGCAUCGGCGCCAACCCCAACGACCCCACGGCUGGCGAACACACCAUGUUCAAGAACAUCCCAAUCGGCUUCUGGUGGGCCGUGGUCACCAUGACCACGCUGGGUUACGGUGACAUGUACCCGCAGACGUGGUCGGGCAUGCUGGUGGGCGCGCUGUGCGCCCUGGCGGGCGUGCUGACGAUAGCCAUGCCUGUGCCCGUCAUCGUCAAUAACUUUGGAAUGUACUACUCGCUGGCCAUGGCCAAGCAGAAGCUUCCCAAGAAGAGGAAGAGGCACAUCCCCCAGGUCGCACUGGGGGGAUCCCCAACCUGCCUCAAAGUAGACCUCAACACCCCCUGCAACAGCUCCCAGGGGGACCUCUGCAACAUGCAGGGGAGCAGGGUGCUGGAGCGCAACCAAUCAGUGCUGUCAGGGGACGGCAGUGGAGGCAGUGAUCUCACCAUGUCCCCCAGCACAGAGGAGAGGGUCCCCAUGCGCAGGUCCAGCUCCCCAGAGCAGGAGCGGAGGAGUGGGGGGACGUGCUUCCUGCUGGCUGCCAGUGACUACACCUGCCCUGCCGACGGUGGGGUCAGGAAGACAGAUAACUGCAAAGAGAUUGUCUUUACUGGUUUCACGCAAGCAGAGAGCAGCAUUCUUUAAUUGCUGGGGAUAGGCACAUCCCUGGCGGAAAGGUAACAUUGUCAUUCUGGAUGGCAUGUGAGCUGCCUGCUGAACACUGUGCUGCUGAUCCCUGGUGGUCACCUCUGGCUAAUGGCCUUUUGUUUUAGUGUGUGUGCAGAAGGGGGUAAUUCAACAAUUGUCACGGAAAUGACACCAGCACCCACUCUGCAUCAUGACUCAUGGCUUUAUACACACAUGCGUACAUGUGCACUCAUAUACACACACACACACACACACACACACACACACACUUAGACACACACACACAUUUCUGUAUAUUCUUUAAAAGACAGCAGGAAUGCCUUUGAUGGUCCUAUCAAACCCGAGCCUUUGUUUUAUUAAUAGCGAUGUAAUUCAUUAUUGAUGAGAGAAUUUACUACUCACAUAAAUUGUUGCCGAUGCUAACAGGUGUGUCGCACGACAGAGGACAUUACCAUUCAGCAACGUGCCUCAGCCAAUCCUUUGUCUAUACUAGUAGCAGGAAGGUUGCUAAGCAACUGGCACAUAGUCAGACGCAUCUCACAGUUGCUGAACACACAAACUGUCUCCUAAUUAAAACGAAAAGCUCACGACCAGCGCUUUCCAUAUUUCUAUAUAAAAAUAAUUAUUGAAUCACCCCCCCUCCCAUUGCAAUACUGUGCAUUGAUUGAGCAUUUACGAUCAUGACUUCAUAGAAUGCCAUCAAUUUGUAUAUAUUCAUCUUUACAUAUAAACUGUAAAUGAGAAGCAAAUAUCUGAACACAAAAAUAGCAUGAAUCUGCAUGUGGUUAUUGGUAUAAUGACUAUAGAUUAUUAUCAUUAGAGAGACGCAUUUCUGAUAUUUAGAGAUGUGACCUGCUUUACAUUCUGUUUAGCCGUUUACGUGUCCUAUUGGAAUGACGGCAGUCAUCAGCCAAUCAGUGGACUAACAAGACCUAUUGGUGUGUGGAUCCUAUUGGAUCACACAGCGUCACUCAAGGAUGUGAACCAACCAGAACACUCACAUCGGUGAAGGAUUGUUGACUGACAAGCGUCAGGUCCAAUGACGCUGCCUGGGAAAACAGGAACUGUCCAAGACUGAGGUCAAUUGGAAUUCUGGGAAUAGAUGGGACAGGGAAAGUUGUCUUUUUCCCAGAUUCUCAAUGUCAUGGAUAUUGAGUGAAGCAUAAAACUGUCACAAGAGAAAAAAAAAUACCCUUCUUGGAAGACGAGGCUAGCUGCUUUAUUUAGAUAUUGUAUUUGUAAAUAAUAACAUAAUACAGCACAUGGGUCAAGAAGCUCCUCUCUCUCUCUCAUCUGUCCUUUGGAUUGCAAGCCAGGUAAAAGGGUCAUGCUUAGAGCUCCAUAUCAAUCACUCUCCAUGGUAUCCCUCCUCGCAAUACGUGUUAUUAAGAUGCAUCAGUUGAGGCACUAUGUGUUCUGAAAAUGGAGUGUAUUAAUAUCUGAAUUCUGCUUAAUAUACAGUACAGAGAGAAUAACGUGGGAUAAAUUGAAUAAAUGUGACAUACGGUUUCAUCAAUGCUUUUGUUUCCCGUAGACGUUUUGGUGGAUUCCAUGUCAUUGCUGUGGUGUGUGUUUACAUGCGUGUGUUUUGAACUCCAGGGUAACAUCUAGACAACAUGCUGUUGUAAAGCAGAAAAAUGAAAACCUAUAAGAAACCCGUUUCACUCUUCCAGCUAGUUUGAACACAUAGAACGAGGAAGCUUAAAGUACCCUGUAGAGAUGUGUUAUCCUGGACACCAUACCCCAACAAUCAGAUACAAUUUGCAAUAAUGACACCCAAACGAAAGGCACCGAUUUGCACUGUGAUUUUAGCUACCUGCCACAAGAAAUGAUACACUGGUCUAGUACAGCCUAUAUAACAGGACAAUGCUAAAGCACCCCUCCAUUGACUUGAUAGUGAGGGUUGAUUUUGACCAUCAGUAAUUGGGGGAUUGGAAUACUGUGACCCCCCCCCACACACACACACACACACACACACACACACACACACACACACACACACACACACACACACACACACACACACACACACACACACAACUCUCUGUGUAGUGCAUUGCUGCUUAACUCGUUGAAAUGUCAAGGGGCACCAAUCAGUAUCUAUUCUUCUAUGACAAAAGUGAUUUAAAUGUGUUUAUUUUUUGGAAUCCAGAACAUGUAAUUUUGUGUCUCUUGUGGAGUGCUUGGUUUACUUGUGAAAGUCAUGGUAGCCCAACACUGUGUUUCUCUCCAUUACGUCCGCAACUGUCACUUGGGCUUGAUCCAGCUUCAUGUUCUGUAUCUUUUAAUGUGAGGACAAUUCCAGUUUGAAGUCUGUAUUUGUGGAGCCAUUUGUUGGCAUUCUGAAAUGCAUGCUAUUAAAAAAAGAAAACAUGUCAAAUUGUAAAACAGGAUGACAACAUAUAUCACGUUCAAAGCGAUGUGUAAAAUGAAAUGCCAUGUGAGAAAAUCACAUAAACAUAUUUAACUUUUAAA